AUGCGAUUUGCAGAGGGUCAACAUUUUGAAUUGGUUCAUUUGAUGCCUUGCUUCUCUUUACCACAGUAUAGUUAUUUUCAUGGCUUUAAUGUAACAGUUACAGCACUUGAUUGUUCGCCCAGGUUUUCCAAUCUUCUGGAUUACAUGGAUCAGGCGGAUCAUUUUCAUGAUGAUCCAAAUCUCUGGAUUGAUGCAAAUCUUGAUUUAGUCAAAAAAGCCCAUUAUCUCGUAUUCUAUGAGAAAACCUACCAAAAGGAAUAUAACUGUAACGGGACUACAGUGGAUCACCCGGAAUAUGGUGAAGUAAUCCAACUUACCGGUGAUCAAAGGCAACACAUUAAGGAUUUUCUGUGCAGAGUUGGUAUUGUCAAGGAGGAAAAUUGCAAAAUUCAUGGUUUUUAA